AUGAGGAAUCGGGCAAUCAUCAAUGCGGGGGGCCAGCGCUUCGAGGCAUGUUUAGCCACACUGCAGCGCUAUCCCAACACGCCGUUUGCCAAGAUGUUCCAGCUCCCUUCAAGAGGCCGCAGGGGUCGAGAGUUCUUUUUGGAUGUCACCCCUCAAGUAUUCGAGUGUGUACUGAGCUUUCUGAGGACGCAGCAGCUGAACCUCCCCACGGAUAACGCCCAGGUGCGGGCGGAAAUUGUUCACUCCCUAAACAUAUGGGGUCUACUCGAGCAUGCGUUCCCACCAUCCAAGGAAGAGGCGAGGGAGUCUCUUAUCAACGCGCCGUCAGUUGUGCUUCCAGACAUAUGUGUCGUGCAAAUUUGUGAUCACAUGCAGCACGAUCAAGGCGUUAAGCGACAUGCUCUUACCAUUACAUUUGGUGCUGACGGCUUUCAGUUGCGCCGACUCACACAACGCAUCCGCCAUGAUCUGGAGGGACUGAUUUCUUCAACGUAUUGGCAGUGCUAUCAAACAAAUGAACGAGCCGCUUUCUUUGUCACAACAAAGGUGGCCAAUGGGACAGCCGAUCUUCUUUCAACGUCGGUGACCCAGCAACUCAUUGAGCACACGGAGUCUAUGGGGUACUCUCUGGCCAGCUCCUAUGUGACAUUGAGCCCUGACGUGGUACACACAAGUGUGCGUAUGUUGGUUCACAACUUCACGUUCCGCCGCGCACGGCAAGCCGCAUUGGAGGUGGAUGACGAAGUGGCACUGACUGAUAGUGACACCGACAACAGCAACAACGAUGAGACCAUCGAAACGUAUGCAAACAUUGCUGCGCCACAUGUGGGCCCAUGCAGACAGCCUCUGGGAGGAGAACACUCGCUGCCACCCAGAAACGCAAGGGCAGCCGACAUUUGGGGUCGGGACUGA